CAAAUAUCUAUGCACUACAGUGUAUAGCACAUGCGUUAAAAUAUGUUCAUCAAGAUAAAAUAUGCAGAUGAUAAGGAGCUACUUGCAAAUCCAGAUUGCAGAAUAGGAAGCCUCCUUGAUUAUGUUAAAGCAACAAUGGCUGAAUCAGAGUUAUUUGACACUGACUUACAUAAUGAGAUUGACCUCUGUGAUGACUACGGCAGGUUACUGAAUGUGAAUGAUGUGGAGCCAUGGAAGAAUGGCUUGGAACUACGACUAUUUCAGCCUCGAGCUACAUACUUUGUUUUUCUUAUCAGUCUUGCGGAAGCUCAACAUGGUGCGGGUGUUUUCGGAUUGACGCGUUGCGGAAGACCAACGUGGAUGAGGCACCGAGAUGUGCCGAGAGCGGUGGCGGAAGCCCGACUGAAGCCGGUGCGGGGGCGACAGGUGAUGAAGAUGGCAAGAUUGCAAGCAUAGUCCCAACUGUAACUGAUAUGGGGAGAACAGUUGGUGAAGUUGCUAACAGACUCCGACAGCAGAUAACAAAAUCUAAAAUAAAGGUGCAUGAAUUUGGCCUGAUUGGUGACAUCUUAUUUUUAGUGUUCAAUAACAUACAAAAAUUUACUGUUCAGACUCACAAGAUUUAAUAUGAUUAAAUUUUCUACAGUUAAUUUGAAAACCAAGAGAUGCAAGCAGUCUCUUGGGGGUUAAUGAUCUUUAUACUGUACUGAAACAGGAAAUGAAAAUAAGACUCCUUGCUGUUUACACCAUUUACAUUGCUAUUCAUGUACUUCCUGAUAAUGAAAAAUGGUUAAUAAUGUAUCUUAUUAAGAUUAGCAAAAUGUAUAAGUAAUUCUGGGUUCAUUCACUAAAUAUGAUUUUACACACAUAUAAUGACUGAAAAGGCCUCUAGUUACUGGGCAGCAGUGGAUGGAAUGACAGAUGUUAUAUUUCACUGGUCUUCCUGUAUGUGACAAAAAUAGGAAAAGAUAAUAGAAAACAGGACUUUACAAGGAUGUACAGAAAUAGACUAUCUGAUUAAAAGUAUCCCAGGACCCCUUUGUAAUGUGGAACUGAACACUAGAUGUCAUGAGAGGCAGACCUGCCAACGUAAAAGGAUUGUGUUGUCAGAAGAGAAGCAGUAACAGCAGAACGGGAAGAUCAGUAGAGCUCAGUGAGUUUGAACAUGGACUAGUCUUUGGAUGUUGCCUGAGCAACAGGAACAUUUCAACCCUUCUAAAGCUGCCCAAGUCAAAUGUUGGUGAUGCAAUUAUGAAGUUGAAAUGCAAAUAAACAACCAAAGCUGAGACAAGACUAGCCAGACCUCAUGUACUGACGGACACGGACUGUUGAUCAGUUUGGAGGUCAGUUGUAAUAUCUCAUGAAAUCAGUGGAAUCAGUCACUCAUGAGUUCCAAAGUGUUACUAUCAGUCCAAAUAACACAACACCUGCGUGCAGGGAGUUAAUAGAGUGGCAUACAAUGGUGAAGCAACUGCUCAUAAGCCAAACAUUUCUGUAGUCAAUGCUAAGCAACACUUAACAUGGUGUAAAGAGCAAUGCCACUGGACAGUGCAUGACUGAUACUGAGUGAAGAAGCACACCAUACCCUGUGCCAAUCCAAUGGCAGCAUUUGUGUUUGCCAAAAACCUGGAGAACAUUACCUGCCAUCAUGUGUAGUGGCAACAGUAACAUACAGAGGAGACGGUGUUAUGGUAUUGGGGUGUUUUCCAUGGUUAGGAUGUGACCUCCUUAUUGCACUUAAGAAAAUGAUGAAUGCAGAAGGAUAUGAAUACAUUUUAUGACAUUGUGUAGUGUGUACUGUAGAGGAACAAUUUGGAGACAAUGACUGAUUGUAUCAGCAUGACAUUGCACCCUCUCACGUACUAGCAUCUGCGAAGCAAUGGUUUGUGUACAAUAACAUUCCUAAAAUGGACUGGCCUCCCCAGAGGGCGCACCUGAAUCCAAUGGAAGACCUUUGGGUUGAGUUAAAUCAACUUCGCUCCAGAUAGCAGCACCCAACAUCACUACCUUCUCUGGUUUUUGCUCUUGAGGAAGAAUGGGCUGUCAUUCCUUCACAAACAUUCAGGCACCUUAUUAAAAGUGUCCCUAACAGAGUUCAAGUCAUUAUAAUCAUGAAAGAGGGGCACACCAACCAUUAGUAUCUACUAAUAGGUGUCCAGAUACUUUUGAUCAAAUAAUAUAUGU